AUGCAGGGCGUUGUUGGCGAGCUCCCGCUCCAGCCGCCGGCCACGUACGACGGCGCCGACCUGCGCGUCAAGAUCACCGAGCUGUCCAAAGACGGCCACGUACAGUUCAUCCUCGACGGCGUCCACCUCGGCAUCGCCAACUCGAUCCGGCGAAGCAUGAUCUCGCGCAUCGACACGCUCGCCAUCGACCAGGUCCAGAUCACCGAGAACACAAGCGUCAUGCCCGACGAGAUGCUGGCGCACCGCCUCGGACUCGUGCCCCUCAUCUCUGAGGGCAUGGAGAACCAGAUCACCAACUACAACAAGUGCGACUGCGACUCGUUCUGCCACAAAUGCUCGGUCACGCUCACGCUCGACGCCAAGUGCAUGGCGAGCUCGACGAUGGAGGUGACGACCAAAGAGCUGCUCCUCGAGGGAGGCGGGCCGAGCGACGUGGGCAAGCCAGCGCCGAGCCCUGAUUCCAAGAUCACGGACGGCAUCUUGUUGGUAAAGCUCGCGAAGGGCCAGGAGAUCCACCUGCGGUGCAUCGCGACCAAGGGCCGAGCACUCGAGCACGCCAAGUGGUCGCCGUGCGCCGCCGUUGGCUUCGAGUACGACCCGUACAACAAGCUCAAGCACACGGACCUGUGGUUCGAGGUCGGCACCGACCCGAGGGACGAGUGGCCCGUGUCGGAGAACGGCAAGUACGAGAAGAAGCCCGAGGACAGCGACCCGUUUCCGUUCGACGAGAAGCCGUCGCGGUUCUACUACGACGUCGAGGCCGUCGGGCAGCUCAAGCCCGAGGACAUCGUGCUCAAGGUGCGCCCCCUCCUUCCCUCCCUCCCCCCACCCUCUCGUCCCGGCUCUGCGGGACCCUGA